AUGGGUUGGGGUAAUUUUGCAAUCAUAUAUGAAAAUAACAGCUUAGGAUAUUGAGGAAAUUAUUAUCUUACUACUCCCCUCCGUGAGCAAACAAAAAAUCCCAUUCGCUCACCCGUUAAUUUUUUUGUUUUUAAAAAAUAUAUAUAUAAAUUUUAUAGAAAAUUUUUUUUUUAAACAUCCUUAUUCGCAAAAAUAAAAAUUUUUCUACUAACUUUCACUCACGGAGGGGGUUUAAUUAUUUUUUAAAAAAUUUAUUAUAGAAAUUUUGUUUUUCUUCAAAAUUUAAAAAAAUCCUAAUUCGCAAAAAUUGGAAAGCAAAUAUUAAUUAUUUAUAAAAUUUAUGUUUUUAAAAAGCAAUUUGUUUAAAAUUAAACAGAAUUAGCUCUAGAUUUCGUCACUCACGGAGGGAGGGGGAGUAAAAAUUUUUGUUCACCCACGAGUGUGGGUUUUUUUGGUCAAAAAAUAGGGAUUUUUCUAAAGGUUUUGUUGGCUCACGGAGGGAGGGGAGUUAGUGAAGCUGCUGCAACACAGAAAUUAUAUAUUGUUAAUAAAUUAAGAAUAAUACCACAGCUACUUACGAGAAAUCAGAUAAAAAAUUAUUCAAAUGUUUUCCAAGAAAUUAUUGAUACCAAUGUAAGACUCGUAGCUUUAUUGCUGAGCUCUCCAUUAUUAUAUUAUGCUAUUGAAUUGUUUUAUGAUUUAGGGAUGAGAAAAGGUGAUGUCAUUUUAUCUCUUCAAAUGCUGCUUGGGUUUCUGAAGUUGCCAAUAAAGAUGACUAUACAUAUAAAAGAGUAG